GCGGGGCUGUGCAGCGCGUGGCCAGAAGCUAGGGGAUAUCCGCGCGGGCUUGAGGCAUGGCAGAAAGGGGCCGGCUACCUCAGGCCCGGGCUCUCCUGCAGCAGUGCCUGCACGCCCGGCUACAAGUACGCCCCGCCGAAGGGGACGCCGCGGCCCAGUGGGUGGAGGUCCAGAGAGGAUUAGUGAUCUACGUGUGCUUUUUCAAGGGAGCUGAUAAAGAGCUUCUUCCCAAAAUGGUUAAUACACUGUUAAAUGUGAAAUUAAGUGAAACAGAAAAUGGCAAGCAUGUCUCUGUAUUGGAUCUACCUGGCAACAUUCUUAUCAUCCCUCAAGCCACCCUUGGGGGGAGAGUAAAAGGAAGAAGCAUGCAGUAUCACUCUAACUCUGGAAAAGAAGAGGGGUUAGAACUUUAUUCCCAAUUUGUGACUCUCUGUAAAAAAGAAUUAGCUGCUAACAGCAAGUGUGCCGAAGCUGGGGUUGUGGUGGAACAUGGCACUUAUGGAAACAGGCAGGUGUUAAAGCUCGACACCAAUGGACCAUACACACACCUAAUUGAGUUUUGAAAAAUUAAAAGUUUCUACAGUUGUAAUUAGAUUCUCUUCCCCUUCUGCUUGAGUACACUAAUCUGCAGCAUUUUUAGACAAGAAAAUUCUGGGUCCCAUCCAUAACUCUGCAGCCUGCUAAUUGGACGACCUUGCCACAUCACCUAAACUCAGUCACCUUCCAUCCUGCUUUCCCCUAAACUCACACUCAAAAUUUUGAAAAAUGCCUUGUAUUCGUUUUAUGGUCAUUGAUAAGAACAUGGAAAUGUGCUUAGAGAGCUGUAUUUAAGCAUUUUGGAAUUAAUCAUUUUGUGCAAUCAAGAAAAAUAUGUUUCUUAUACCCUCAAAUGUAUGUAGUAAAAAUCACUAUUUGUGUUACGAUUAUAAUUUUGUCAAUUUUGUUUUAGUAUUUCAGAUUUCCAUAUUUUGAAUGAAAGAAUAUGCAAUUUACUGUUCCUUCUAAUAAUAUCUAUGAAAAUGUAAUACAGAAAUGUUAUUGUGCAUUUUAAUAUUAUUUUCCAAGGACAUCCAAGUGCUUUAAAUUAUUUUAAGAAUCUUUAGUUGAUAUAGCAAUAAGGUAUGGGGGACUGAAAGUUUUUAUUUAAUAUACUAAUGGCUUAAUAUUCUGUUUCUCAGUUUUUUACCAAAACAAUGUGUGUUGCAUUUUCUGUCUUUGGUUUUUAAAAUUACUGUUUCAUUAAAUUAAUGUUCAUAAAUUUUUUUAGGAAGUUCCUUUCUUGUUGGUUUAGAUUGCUAUAAAAGGAAUAAAAGGAAUAAAAAGGGAAGCUUUCUACUGGAAUUAUUUGAAAACCAGUUGACUUGUUCAUUUCCAUUUUAUCGACUUAAUGAUUUGGAGCCAGUAUCAUUUUUUCUCUUAGUGUAUUUUUGUGUGCUCCCCCCACCCCAAAAUUCAUAUGUUGAAGUCCCCCAAUGUGAUGGUAUUUGCAGAUGGGACCUUUGGAAGGUAAUCAGGGUUGAUAGAGCAUGAGAGUGGGGCCCUUAUGAUGGGAUUAGUGU